CUUCUACAUUCUGGCUUCCGAUUAGCCGAGAUUUCCGACGACGAAGAAGCACGCCGCUGCUAGGGCCGGAAGCAACGCCGCGGCUAGGGCCCGGCCGGGGCCCUCAGCUUCUAUUCUCGCGACACUCUCGUCUUCUUUUUAAUCCGAUCUGCGUACAGAUUCAUCGUAUCAGUAUAUUCCAGUAUUUGCAAGAACCAUCUGGUCCACUCAACUUAAGAACGUGAAUCAAAUCUACCAACGUCUUGGUUCUACUGGAAUCAUCCAAGAUCUACCAACAACGAGAAGGAUUCAGUUUAUGGAAUUCUGAUCGAGUGAAGAGCCAAGAUGGAGAAGAGAUAAACUGUUUCGAUGAACUGUCGAGGUGCUCCGCGCUCAGUGCCCUCGUCUAUCCGCCUCUGACGAAGUCAGACACGCCUGUGACGAAGGAACUGCACUUUUCACCCCCAAUUUCAGUGUUACGAGUGAACGAUGGAUUAUUCAUACUUGAAUCAGGCGGCUGCCGCCGCGGCCGCUGGUUUCGAGGCAUCUAGCUGUGCUUUGGCCGCCAGUGAAAUGCAAUGUGGAUACGGGGACCUGAGUUCUUGUUCACAAAUGAGUCAGGCUGCUUAUCGGUACACGGCUGCGAGGGCUGCUGGCUAUCCAGGCAACGCGGGAACUACGAGUACUGGUAGCACCACGCCGUUGGGGGCCCAUCACACCACCCACUCUCAUGCCCACGCGCACCACGGGGCCCACGCAACUCCCUGCUCAGUAAUGGCCGCCAGAUCUCAAGAGGUCCACCGACACGCCGCCUCAAUCUUCCCGUCGGCCAUUAAUCUGCAGAGUGGACUAGGAUAUAAGGCUUACUCAGGACACGACGGUUUAGCGGAAAAGAGAAAACAACGUCGGAUACGAACAACGUUCACAUCAGCUCAGCUUAAAGAAUUGGAGCGUGCCUUCCAGGAGACUCACUAUCCGGAUAUCUACACUAGAGAAGAAAUCGCCAUGAAAAUCGACCUGACGGAAGCUAGAGUCCAAGUGUGGUUCCAAAACCGGCGUGCGAAAUUCCGGAAGCAGGAGAGGCUGGCGCAGCAGAAAUCCACCUCGCAGAGCGGGAUAGGGGUGGACAGCGGCGCUUCCAGUCCCGUAGGUGGCAACGUGAAGGCCGAGGGCCGUUCUCCGAGAAGUCCAGCGACGCCGCCGGGCAGCUCGAACAACGUGAUGUCGACGAACGAGGUGAAACCGAUCCCGAACCCGAAUCUCGUCAGCGUCAAACACACCAGCGACACGGCUGCCGAAGGGAACUCGCCGAACACACGGGGAAGCAACAGCGGCGGAGGAACAUGGGGCUCCUGUAGCCCGAGGCCUUUCUCAGCGGCGCUACCUCCGUAUCUGUUGGACCCGCUGCCUCUGAAAACCGCGAAUCUCUACUAAUCUAACGUCCCGACGAAACCGCUCCAUCCCGGCGAAAUUAUGUAAAUAUAGAAAGUAUCACACGCCCAGAAAACGGAACACGACGGAUGCUGUUCAGAGGCCCUCUUCGGUCCGUCGCGCGGUCGUUUUCAUCACUGGUUGUCUGUGAAGUGUGUCCUCUUCGGUCGAGCGUUUUCCCCAGGGAAAGUAGCAGGAAUUGUUUGUUUCUUUGGAUCCCUUUUGGUGAGUUUUGUUUUCGAGUUGAUUCGAGCGUUUGGAAUCUCAGGUGUCAAGC